AUUUUGAAAUAAACGACGGCGAAGUCCUCAAUUUCACAAGAGAACGUUUUCAUGAAUUCUACUUGAUAAUCUGUACUUUAAACUUAUGGAUUGUGAUCAAGAAGUAGCUGUCGUGAUAGACGCCAGCAAAAUUAAGGUGUCGGAAGGCAUAUCACUACUAAGUGAAAUAUGGAAAGAUAUUGGAAUUAGUGGUUCUAUCAGAACAGAAAGAUUGAAGGCCGUGAAAAAUCAUAUUGUUAAUAUAGUCGAUGAGAUGACUAGAGAGGAAAGUGAAUUACGAGAUAAGCUUUUGAAAAAUGUAGAAAAGUUGACGAAUGAAGUACAAGAUUUAAAUAAGGAGCUAGAUCUUGAAAUAGUGACUCCGUCAGAAGAAUUAACAAUUCUCCAAUUGGAAAAAGAACUCAGAAGAAAGAGGGAUGAUUUGGGAAAAAUAAAGCAACAACGAAUGAAAGUUGCAGAAGAGCUUAAAGAAGAGGAUCAAAAGUAUUGCAAUAUGCUUGUGACUACUCCCUACUACCUACCAUCCAAUUCUAUACCGACAUUGAACCAACUAGAAGAGCUGGAGCAACACAUCAAAAAGUCAAAAAUCGACUACGAUCAAAGACUGGCUACUUUUCAAGAUUAUCGCUCUAACAUAAAAAAGCUUUUGGACAUUUUAGAAAUAACCGCAAAUGAUAGCUUCCAAAGUGAAAUAAUUAAUGAAGAUGUAUCUGAGUUUUGCUUGUCCAGAGAAAACCUUCAACGUGUUCAUCGACUGGAAUUAGAUUUGGAAAACCAAAAACAAUCCAAUAUAAAACAAGCAAAGAAUCUUCGCGAAAAAUUGGAAAGUUUGUGGAAUCGUUUGCAAAUAGGAGAAGAGGAACGUGGAAGGUUUUGCUCUUUCCAUACUGGAUUUAAACCAUCCACUUUAGUGGCAUUAAGAAAGGAAAUAGACAAAUAUGAAAUUCUUAAAAAAGAAAAUGUAUCCAAAGUUAUAGAAGCCACAAGAAGUGAACUAGAAAAAUGGUGGGAGAAAUGCUUCUACUCACAGCAACAAAAAUCUUCUUUUGAAGAAUUUUUUAGCAUUGACUUCACCGAAGAAGUGCUGGAGAGGCAUGAAAAAGAGCUAGAAAAGGUCAAAACAUUUUAUCAAGAAAAUGAGUUUAUUUUUCAGCAGAUCCACCAAUAUCAAGCAAUGUGGUGGGAGUAUCUUGAGUAUGAGAGAAGGGCUCAGGAUCCUAAUAGAUACAACAACAGAGGUGGAAAAAUACUCAAAGAGGAAAAGCAUCGUAAAAAAUUAGAGAAGGAACUACCGAAACUUGAAAAUAAAUUACUGUCAGAUGUAUCAGAAUGGGAAUUAAAAAUUGGAAAGAAUAUUCUAGUGGAAGGCGUCCGAUUUGUUGACUUUGUUCAUAUUCAAAAGGAGAAUUAUGAACUGCAAAAACAGAAAGAAAAGGAUAUAAGAAAACAGCAAAAAGAAAAGGAAAUGGAAAAAGAAAUGAGAUAUGGAAGUAAGCCAACCGUAGCCCCAGGGAAGAGGCGUUUUAUGGGAACGACAACUCUUGCAACAAAAUCUCCUAAAAUUCGCAAAGUGUGUCCGCACUUGAAAGCUUAUAUGGCAAUGCUUCAAGCCUUAUUCAUUUGCAUGCUACCUUUUGCCUCCGUUUUGUUUAGAUAUGUGUUAUUCUAUACGUUACAGAAGGACGGUGGCGUUUUGAGCUCCGAAAGCGAAGGUAGCACAGCUGUUUCCAUUAAGAUGAAACAUGAAAAUGAAACCUAUCGUACACCCGGUAGAACACCUGGAAGAAGUCAGGCUGCUCUUACACCUUUAUCUACAAUAAAAGUUAAACCUCGGUUGGGUAUUAAUUAUCCUAAUUCACCAAUGAUUCGAAAGACACCUUUGAAAAACACCACAGCCGUAAGAAAAGUUCUUUCAGAAAAAAAUUCAGAGAUAUCCAAACGAAACAAUGAGGCCUCUAUAGCAUCUGUUCCUAAUUAUGCGGAGUUUGAGGAAGAACUCGCUGAAAAACCUAACUGCCGAAGCAGCGUAAUGCCUGGACAUGACAGAAAAGUGGCAUACUUGUAA